CUCGGAGCCCUCUCCCCGGACAGCACGCCAAAUACGUUUACCAAUUUAUUUACCUGACUUAUUUGUAAGUGUGAACUCGUGAAAUCUUUUAAAUAAGGUGUCAACAUUAGAAUAGGCCUAGCUAUAUAUUUUUUACAACAGGCUAUGCGUAUCUUUUUAACCCAAUUGUUGCAAAAAUAUUAAACAUAGAGAAGAUUAAUUAUUGAAAUAGUAAGUAUAAAGGUCGCUAAAGUCAAUAUUGAUUCAUCUGCGAGAGGAAGAUCCGUGCAUCGCCUGGACGCGGAAGAGUCCAUUCAGAGUGAAGGAGAGUUGAGCAGAAAAACCCUUCAGAUUUUAAACCUGAGCUCAUGUUAUCAUCGCGUCAGUGCACACACCGAGCAGCUGUUUCAUGUGCAGAUGUGUGAGCUCUUCUCUCACUGAGAGGGUGUUUUAUAGGCAGAUGUUUGGGCUCGUCGCUCCUGAGCUUCAUUGGUUUCACCUGAACGGCUUCAUUUUCAUUCGCAUCUGAGGGUCACACCGCUGCGCGAGACAUUCUCAUACCUGCUCUAUGAAUCUUGGACACUUUCUAACAUGUCUACGAAGGCAGAGCAAUUUGGCUCUAAGAUUCGAUACUUGCAAGAGUAUCACAACCGUGUGCUUCACAAUAUUUACCCAGUGCCAUCGGGAACAGACAUUGCAAACACUCUGAAAUACUUUUCCCAAACGCUGCUCAGCAUCCUGUCCCGUACAGGCAGAAAGGAGAGCCAGGAAGCUUCCAAUUUGGCCGUGCCCAUGACCAUGUGUCUUUUUCCUGUGCCAUUCCCACUCACCCCAUCUCUAAGACCACAAGUCAGUUCCAUCAACCCUACAGUUACUCGAUCCCUCCUUUACAGCGUUCUGCGGGACGCCCCGGCCGACCGGGCUGGCGCCCCCCAGCAGAGUCGGGAGGUUCAGCUCUCAGAUUACCCCUCACUGGACUAUCAGGGGCUCUAUGCCACCCUCGUCACCUUGCUUGACCUGGUGCCCCUGCUGCAGCACGGUCAGCACGAUCUGGGGCAGGCCAUAUUUUACACCACAACUUGCCUUCUGCCUUUCCUUAGUGAUGAUAUUCUCAGCACUUUACCCUACACCAUGAUCUCCACUUUAGCCACCUUCCCUCCUUUCCUGCACAAAGACAUCAUAGAGUACCUGAGCACAUCCUUCCUGCCCAUGGCCAUAUUGGGUUCGACUCGAAGAGAGGGUGGCGUUCCAGCGUAUGUCAAUCUGUCCGCCUCCUCCAUGCUGAUGAUCGCCAUGCAGUACACUUCAAAUCCAGUGUACCACUGUCAGCUUUUGGAGUGUCUCAUGAAAUACAAGCAGGAAGUAUGGAAGGAUCUUCUGUACGUCAUAUCGUACGGCCCAUCCCAAGUCAAACCUCCGGCGGUUCAGAUGCUCUUCCAUUAUUGGCCCAACCUCAAGCCUCCAGGUGCCAUCAGUGAGUACAGAGGCCUGCAGUACACAGCCUGGAACCCCAUUCACUGCCAGCACAUCGAGUGCCAGAACUCUAUUAAUAAGCCGGCUGUGAAGAUGUGUAUUGAUCCGACGCUCUCCGUCGCACUGGGUGACAAACCGCCGCCGUUAUACAUCUGUGAGGAGUGCAGCCAGAGGAUCGCUGGCGAUCAUGCAGAGUGGCUCGUUGAUGUGCUUCUGCCGCAAGCUGAGAUUUCUGCUAUAUGUCAGAAGAAGAACUGCAGCUCUCACGUCCGGCGCGCUGUCGUCACCUGCUUCUCAGCAGGCUGCUGUGGUCGCCAUGGCAACCGGCCCGUGCGCUACUGCAAGCGUUGCCACGUCAAUCACCACAGCAGUGAGGUGGGGGCGUCUGCGGAGACUCAUCUGUACCAGACGUCACCGCCGCCCAUCAACACGCGCGAGUGCGGCGCGGAGGAGCUGGUGUGCACCGUGGAGGCCGUGAUCAGUCUGCUGAAAGAGGCCGAAAUCCAUGCGGAGCUGCGGGAGUUUGAGCUGAACCGCCGGCGUCAGAUGGGUCUGUCUUCAUCCCAUCAUUCCCUGGACAACCUGGAGUUUGACAACAAAGAGGACGACCAACAUGACCAGAGAUUGCUCAGUCAGUUCGGCAUCUGGUUCCUGGUGAGUCUGUGCACGCCCAGCGAGAACACGCCCACCGAGAGCCUGGCGCGGCUGGUCAGCAUGGUCUUCCAGUGGUUCCACUCCACCGCCUACAUGAUGGACGAUGAGGUGGGCAGCCUGGUGGAGAAGCUCAAACCUCAGUUUGUCACCAAGUGGCUGAAGACGGUGUGCGAUGUGCGCUUUGACGUCAUGGUCAUGUGCCUUUUGCCCAAACCGGUGGAGUUUGCCAGGGUGGGAGGAUACUGGGAUAAGUCGUGCAGCACGGUGACGCAGCUGAAGGAAGGACUGAAUCGGAUCCUGUGUCUGAUUCCCUAUAACGUGAUCAGUCAGCCGCUGUGGGAGUGCUUCAUGCCCGAGUGGUUGGAGGCCAUUCGCACUGAAGUUCCUGACCAUCAGCUCAAAGAGUUUCGGGAGGUCCUCAGUAAGAUGUUUGAUAUUGAGUUGUGUCCGCUGCCCUUUUCCAUGGAGGAGAUGUUUGGAUUCAUCAGCUGUAGAUUCACUGGAUAUCCAGCGUCGGUGCAAGAGCAAGCGCUGCUAUGGCUUCAUGUUCUGUCGGAGCUGGAUAUCGUGGUUCCUCUGCAGCUGCUCAUCAGCAUGUUCUCUGAUGGUGUGAACUCACUGAAGGAACUGGCCAAUCAGAGAAGGGCUCGUGCUGCAGACCUGUCAGGACCCCGGAGGGUCAGUGUGGUUUCAGACCCCGGCAGACGAGGGCAGCACAAUAACUUGAGCCCGUUCCCCAGUCCGUUCCGGAGCCCUUUCCGCAGCCCGCUGCGCUGCAGCCCCUUCAAGAACCUCGGUCACGCCGCCGGGAACUGCGCGCUGGACCUGGACUGUGAUGACGACGACAUGAACCUGGGCUGCUUCAUCCUCAUGUUCGACCUGGUCCUCAAACAGAUGGAGCUGCAGGAUGACGCGCUGACGCCGGGGCUGGAGAGCAGUGUGGGUCGGGACGUGGUUGGCAUCAUCAACAGCGUGCUUCAGGCUCCGUGGGGCGGCUCGCACACCUGUCAGAAGGACGAGAAGGCUCUGGAGUGCAGCCUGUGCCAGUCCAGCAUCCUCUGCUACCAGCUGGCCUGCGAUCUGCUGGGGAGACUGACGCCGCGUGAGGAGAUUCGACUGGUGGAACCCUCCGAGUGUCUGGAGGAGAGUUUGGUUUUCCCUCGAGCUGAAUUCAAUCUCAAAUCCGAGAACGGAGCAGAUGAAGGAGACGCUCCCUCAGAAAACCCCGGCAGCCACAAUCCCUCUCCUGAGAUCCCUCCGUUGAAGAACUGUGCGGACAGGAAGUUCUCUUACCUGCAGCUCCCUGUUUCCCUCAAGCUUCUGUACACCGUCCUGCAGGAGAUGAGUAAGUUCGAAGAGCCGGACAUCCUCUUCAACAUGCUGAACUGUCUGAAGAUCCUGUGUUUGCACGGGGAAUGUCUGUAUCACGCCAGAAAAGAUCACCCACAAUUCCUGGCCUACAUACAGGAGAAGAUGCUCAUUCCCAGCUUGUGGUCCAUGCUGAGGUCAGAGUUCUGUCAGCUGGCGUCUCUGGUCGUCCCGCAGCUCCUGCACGCACUCUCUCUGUCUCUUGGAGCCGACAUCUUCUGGAGGCUGGUGGACAACAGCUUCAACAGUCAGGACUGGAAGAUCCGCUUCCAAGCAGUGGAGCGAGUGGCAGUGCUGUGCCGUUUUCUGGACAUCGGUUCGGUGACGAAGAGCCACCUGCUGAAGUAUUCUCUAGCACACGCCUUCUGCUGCUUCCUGGCCAGCGUGGAGGACGUCAACCCGGCCGUGGCCACCCGAGCGCGGCUGCUGCUGGACACCAUCAAACGGCCCGCGCUGCAGGGUCUGUGUCUGUGCCUGGACUUCCAGUUUGACACGGUGGUCCGGGACCGUCCCGUCAUCCUCAGCAAACUGCUGCUGCUGCACUCACUGAAGCGGGAGAUUCCCGCUCUGAGCUGGGAGUUCUUCGUCAACCGCUUCGAGACGCUGUCGCUGGAGGCGCAGCUGCACCUGGACUGCAAUAAAGAGUUUCCUUUUCCUACAACCAUCACUGCGGUGAGGACCAACGUGGCCAACCUGAGCGACGCCGCCAUGUGGAAGAUCAGACGUGCUCGCUUCGCCCGAAACCGGCAGAAGAGCGUCCGCUCGUUACGAGACAGCGUCAAGGGUCCGUCUGAAUCCAAACGGGCUUUCUCACUCCCGGAGACGCUGAGCAACAAAACUCCUUUACAACUCAUAAGACAGGAGCAGUCAGCACCCAUACUGGGAAAUAUGCUGGAGAAAGUGCUGGCAGGUGAGAGCUCUCCUCCGGAGGAAGACUCCGUCAUCAAAGAUCUGCUGCCGGAGGACGCCGGUAUAGACCACCAGACCGUCCACCAGCUCAUCAUGGUGCUCAUGAAGUUCAUGGCCAAAGACAAAAGCAGUGCUGAGGCAGACAUUGGCAGCGCCAAAGCCUUCAACACAGUCAAGCGGCAUCUGUACGUCCUGCUGGGAUACGAUCAGCAGAUGGGAUGCUUCAUGAUCACCCCUCAGAAAAUGCGUUCCUCCACCUGCUUCAAUGCCUUCAUCGCAGGAAUCGCUCAGGUUAUGGACUACAACAUUGGUUUGGGGAAGCAGCUGCUGCCGCUGGUGGUGCAGGUGCUGAAGUACUGCACGUGUCCACAGCUGAGGCCCAACUUCCAGGAGCCGCCGCGCUGUUCGCUGUGGGCCCUCAAACCACACAUACGACAGAUGUGGCUCAAAGCCCUGCUCGUCAUCCUCUACAAGUAUCCGUACAGAGAUAUGGACAUGAGUAAAGAGGUGGUGCUCCAUCUGAUCCACAUCACCAUCAACACGCUGAACGCUCAGUACCACAGCUGCAGGUCGCAUGUGUCCGCCGGCCCGCUGUACAGCGACAACUCCAACAUCAGCCGCUACAGCGAGAAGGAGAAAGAGGAGGACAGCGUGUUCGACGAGUCCGACAUCCAUGACACUCCAACGGGAGCCGGCAGUAAGGAGUCGCAGACCUUCUUCGCUCGUCUCAAGAGGAUCGGCGGCAGCAAGUCUGUCAAGUAUCAGCCUGUGGAGCUCAGCGCUCAAAGAAGUGAGAUCGAGCUGGCCGAAUAUAAGGAGGGUGGUGCGCUGCAGGACACGCUGCUGUACUCGGGCCGAGAGGACAGCAGCAGCAGGAAGAAGAGACUGCAGGCCAUGCACAAGCAGAAGUCUCUGGACAUCGGCAACACCGACUCCAUCCUCUUCAAUUUGGACGAGCACCGGCGCAAGUCCUGCAUUGACCGCUGCGACCUGCAGGGUCCACCGGCCCUACAGCCCUCCUCGUCCUCCUCUACAGGCAGACAGCAGCACAGAGCGCAGCACCAUGGGAAAGACUCCUCCAACGGCCACUCCAUCAUGGACCGGAGAGGCUCCAGCGCUCAGAACGACAGCAUCAGGCCCAUCAUCCCAGAGGUACGACUGAGCUGUAUGGAGACGUUUGAAGAUAAACCCGCCGGCCUGGACUCGCCGCUGACCGUCCCCGGUGGACUGGCGCUGGACAAGGACGAUCCAGAUCUCAUAGAUCUCUCCUCAGACUGCACGUCCAUCCCUGAGAAGCGCUCCAUUCUCUCACUCUCCGACAGCGACUCGCUGGUGUUCGAGCCGCUGCCUCCUCUGCGCAUUGUCGAGAGCAACGAGGACUUGUUUGAGGCGCUCAGACUCAAACCUGAGGCCGCACACUCGUCUCCCGUCGUCCAGGUCAGCAUAGAGGACUGCAGCAAGGACCAGCAGCGUGAGAAGCCUGAACCGACGUCUCUGGAGCUCCCAGACUCCACGGCUCAUCAGGAGAGCACCAUGACUCUGAAACAGAAGAGGGAUCUCUUCAGAAAGACGUCGCACAUGCCAAACGCAUCUUUGGAUGAUUCUUGCACGCAGGAUAACAGUGGGACGAGUCCCUCGAACCGGUCUGUCUUGCGUCACAUCCCCGUGGAUGCGCACGAGUCUCUAGAAGGACCAGGAGAUGAGGACAACGACGAGACUGAUGAGAGAGACAGCGAGCCCAAACCUGACGACGAGAGCGACGAAGCCGAAUUCAAGAUUCAGAUCGUGCCACGCCAGCGCAAAGAGAGGAAGAUUGCCGUCAGCGCCAUCCAGAGGGAAUAUCUGGACAUCUCCUUCAACACUCUGGACAAGAUGAGAGAACCGGCCGCAGAGUCAGAUGAGAAAUCUCUUACAAACCUUGAGAAGCCCAGAGAAUCGGCCUCUGCUCCGGCUCUGGAGGCUGCCGUCCCCGAAACCAGCCAUCGCUCCUCAGUAUCCACUCAGUAUCGUCAGGUGAAGCGAGGCUCUCUGGGUGCCGUGACUAUGAGUCAGUUAAUGAAGCGGCAGCUCGAGCAUCAGUCCAGCGCGCCGCAGAACAUCAGCACCUGGGACACGGGUCCUACAAAGACGAGUCUGCUGUCGGCUCCGAGCACCGUCAGCAUGUUUGUUCCAGCUCCAGAAGACUUCAGUGACGAGCAGCCCACCACGAUGGCUGACAGGUGCCGGGACUGCGCUGUCCUGGAGGAGUAUGACGAGGAGACUCUGGCUCUGGCGGUGGUGGUUCUGUCCAUGUUCAUCCAUCUGAGUCCGGAUCUGGCCGCUCCACUGCUGCUGGAGAUCAUGCAGUCUGUGGGCAGGUUGGCCUCUAACUCCAAUUUCACAGGUCAGGCUGAAAGCAUGCUGAUUCCCGGGAACGUCGCUGGCGUGGCCAAGCAGUUCCUCCGCUGCGUCCUCCAUCAACUCGCUCCCAACGGCAUCCUGCCACAGCUGUUCCAGAGCAACAUUAAAGAUGGAAGCUUCCUGCGGACACUGGCCACGUCUCUGAUUGAUUUCAAUGAGCUGAGCUCUGUGGCAGCGCUGAGUCAGCUGCUCGAGGGGCUGAACAAUAAGAAGUCUCUGCCAGCAGGAGGCGCUAUACUGCACUGUCUGGACAACAUCGCCACCUUCAUGGAGACUCUUCCCAUGGACUCGCCCAGCAACCUGUGGACCACCAUCUGCAACCAGUUCCAGACGUUUCUAACCAAACUACCUGCUGUUCUGCCACUCAAGUGUCCGCUGGACUCAAGCCUGAGAAUAAUCAUCUGUUUGCUGAAGAUUCCAGUCACAAAUGCAACAAGAAGUCUACUGGAGCCCUUCUCCAAGCUGCUGAGUUUUGUUCUCCAGUACGGUGUGUUCAGUCUGUCGUAUCUCGUAGAGAUCUGUGGUUUAUGCUACAAAACCUUCAGCAAGGAAAGGGACAAGUUCUAUAUGUCGCGUAUCGUCGUUCUGGAGCUGCUUCAGGCUCUGAAGUUCAAGUCCUCAAUUCCUGAUACCAACCUACUGCUGCUGGUGCAGUUUGUGUGUUCAGACAUCGGGACGAGGCUGGCUGAGUCCACUAUCCUCCAGAAACACAUGAUCACCGCUCUGCCCGGGUGUACCACGGCGGCCAUGGAGUGUUUGAGGCAGUAUCUGAGCGAGCUGCUGGACUUCAUCGCAGACAUGCACACGCUGACUAAACUAAAGAGCCACAUGAAGGCCUGCUGUCAGCCGCUGCACGAGGACACGUUCGGCGGGAAUCUGAAGGUCGGUCUGGCUCAGAUCGCAGCAAUGGAGAUCAGCAAAGGCAACCACAGAGACAACAAAGCAGUGAUUCGCUACCUGCCUUGGCUUUACCACCCACCGUCUGCUAUGCAACAGGGACCCAAAGAGUUCAUUGAAUGCGUGUCGCACAUUCGGCAGCUGUCCUGGCUGCUGCUGGGCUCUCUUACCCACAGUGCUUUGCACCAGGGCUCCUCAUGCUGUAUGCCCAUUCCACUGGAUGCUGGAUCUCAUAUUGCAGACCAUCUGAUCGUCAUCCUGAUAGGAUUCCCAGAACAAUCCAAGACGUCAGUGCUGCACAUGUGUUCGCUGUUCCACGCCUUCAUGUUCGCCCAGCUGUGGACCAUCUACUGCGAGCAGGCCGCAGCCGUUCCGUCCAAUCAGAACCAGAACCAGAACGAGUUCUGCUCGGUCGCCAUCCUGACCGGUCUGGAGUUCUGGAGCCGCGUGACUCCCAGCAUCCUCCAGCUCAUGGCCCACAACAAAGUGAUGGUAGAGAUGGUGUGUUUGCAUGUCAUCAGCCUAAUGGAGGCCUUGCAGGAGUGCAACUCAACCAUCUUUGUGAAACUAAUUCCCAUGUGGCUGCCAAUGAUCCAGUCAAAUUUAAAUCAUCUGUCCGCGGGUCUCCAGCUGCGUCUGCAAGCCAUUCAGAACCGGGUGAACCACCAGUGUCUCCAGAACCCUGGAUCCGGAUCAUUUCCUCUCACUCUGCGCAAGUGGCUUCAGUGCACUCAGUUUAAAAUGGCCCAAGUGGAGAUCCAGUCGUCUGAGGCCGCGUCCCAGUUUUACCCCAUGUGAUCGAGUGUGUGAUUCAUCAUACAAGCUUCAGCUCACGGUUCACUAAUCGCAAUGGUCUUCCUAGUGUGUGUGUGACUGCAUACAGCUCUUUAUCAAAUACAUUAAAGAAUCAUGUAUAGAGAAGAAUGUUAGCCUGUGACAAACAGGAAAAGAUUUUUUGCAUUAUCAAUAGUAUGCAUAUUUCAAAAAACCAAAAUAAACAAUUCAAGAGUUUUUCUUAAAAA